GUAAAAAUGUAUAGUGAUGACGAAAAGGAAAAUGAGUUAAAGACUUUCAUCCUGUUCUUCUCUUUCCACGCCAUGCUUUUAUUUGGUGCUAUACUUCUAUGGAAUGGAGUGUGGCUUAAGCCAUAUGGAUAUGACAUUUAUGUACCUAAGAAGAAAGGGAGAAGAACCCCUUCUGCCCUUGGGAAAAUUCAAACGAUUACUGAUAUUGUGAAGGAAAAGCUCUUACUCAGAUAUUGGAGAUAUGUCUUCAGUAAGCUUUGGAAAUUUGACAGAAAGUUCUGGCAAGGUAUCAGCCCUGAUGCUUACCUCUAUUUACUCCUACAAAAAGCAUUGAUAAGGUUAAGCUGAAUCAUAUUCAUUGUGUCUCUGUCCCUUUCAAUUUUCUUCAACUAUGGAGAAAACGUCUGGUCACUUUUGAAAAACUGGAGCACAGCGAAACCUCUAAUCUUCGAUAUAUUCUUUGGUAGCAAUGUGCAACUCUCCACAAUGAGCUCAGUCUACUUACAGACAGCUAUGUGCAUCAUAGUCUCAUUAGCUACGAUAUUGACUGUUUUGAGCUUAAUGAGUAGCCUAAAAAGCUUGCAUGCUAAAACGUUGCCCUACAAGUCUGAGUACAACUGUGAGUGGUUGAAUUCUCACUCGCUGUAUUUCACAGGACUCCUGAAGCAUGACGGCCAUGGGAAGCUCUUCGAGGCCAUUAUUAAUGAUUUUAUCGAACCUUAUGGCGGCCGUAUAAUCACUGCUGAGAACACUAUGAAACAAUCCAAGGAUUUCAACAUCAUCAAUCCUCGCAGAGAGGAACACAAAGGAAUAUUCAUGGUUAAAAAUUACAGAAAAUUUACUAAAUAUCUAGAUAAGAAAGAGAACAUCAAAGAUUUGCUUGAGUUCACUGAAGAAAAAGAACCUCUGAUCAGGAGACUCUGUGUUAGGAAGAAGAAAAGAACGAAGGAAUACCUACUUUCGAAGAUGAAUGAUUACGACAUGAAGAUAAAUACAGCGCUAGAUGAUGGGUUCAAGUCUGCUUGCUCUGUCUAUGCUGUCUUUGAUUCAUACACUAGCAUGUUACAAUGCCUUCAAAUAUUUAAUACUUGUGAAGUACUGUCACUUGAUUGCUCUAAGAUCUGCAAAAGGGCUUCUACCGAGAAGAUUAUGAAGUCAAUAAAUAGUAUGCAGGAAGAGCAAGAGUAUCUUAUUCAGGAAUAUGAGAAAGAUGGGAUUUAUCUGAACGCUUCCUUGCCUACAGAUCCUGUGGACAUCGUCUGGUUUAACAGAGGUUCGAACCGCCAUCUAUUCUUUUUAAAAUAAAUACCUCUGGAACCUUUUAGGGCUGCUGUUGAUUGUGUUUAUAUCAACUCCAGCCGUGUUAUUUCAGACUUUGAAGACUAUAGGUGAAGAUAACUUGAAUCUCGAGAUUUUGGACUAUAUCCCAUUCGUACAAAGCUAUUCGAGCUAUAUUCCAACUAUAAUUAUUCUGUGUAUAAAUCUGUUGUUGUUGAUAAUGAUUGAUCAAAUAGCUGUCUCAGAAGGGCAUGCAUUCCACAACUCUUACCAAAAAUCUAUUUUUAACAAGGCAGUAGUAUAUCUACAUUUGAACAUAGUGUUGUUUCCAUUUCUAGGAUUGCAGGAGACACCUGUUUUCAAGCUUCUUAACUUUGAAUCUACACACAAGGACUACAUCAGAGAUUUCUCUAUGCUGGAUUCUACUCCUUUCUUUUCAAAACUGAUUCUACAGUAUGGAGUUUUUGGAGGGAUAUUUUAUCUUCUAAGAAUGGGUGAAGUCAUUGUAAUGAACUUUUCACCUGCUUUUGCACAUUACGUUCGAACCAAGUUCACCACGACACAGGAAUGGAGACGUAAACCUGAGUAUGUCUUCCAGUACGGAUAUUUCUACAGUCAGAUGGUGACUAUUUUUACCAUAGUUAUCCUAUUCUCUUCAACAGCUCCGUUGAUAGCAGCCUUAGGUGCUAUUUAUUAUGUCAUCAGGAACUGAAUCGAUGGGCACUUAUUGAUUAGUGUCCAUAAGAAGGAAAUAGACAGCGGAAUUGAGCUAUUUAACAGCAUAAUUCCAUGCUUAUUGUUCUCCCUGAUAUGCUACCAGGCUUUCAUGUUGAUUUACUUUUACCUGAAUGCUCAGAUUGUGCCAACCUACAUUAUCUCUAUCAUGGUGUUUUUGACAUUGAUAUUUUUGUUUGUGGUGAGAAGUCAGAGAGCGACCAUCCAUCUCUUAAAACUUUAUGCUAAAAGAGAGGAUGAACUUGGAGAUCACGCUAUUAACCAUUUCAGCACGAAUCUAAACCAGGGUUUAGAAGAAAACUGCAGAUCAAAAUACUUCAUCAUUGGAUCAUCCAAUUCUACAAUAGAAGUUGAAGAGUGGGAAAAAUGGGCGGAUAAAUUCUAUAAUCCUGCUCUAGUGAAGUGAGAGAUUGAUCAUCCCAAUGUCGGUAUCCACAGUAAGCCUCCUUCUGAGAAGAUUUUAAUUCAAGUUGCCACACCUAUCAACCUCCAGUCCUCGGAAUCGAUGGAAGAAGAGAAGGAAUCAAAAAGAGAGUUUGACUUUAAUGACGAGAAUGACAUUGAGCUACAAGAUUUUAUCAAUAAGAACCAUAAUAUGGGGAAGACUAAGAGAGCGCCUCCUAAUGAGAAGAAAACAUAUUUCUUGUAA